AUGAACUUGGAUCCGUCAUUCUCGUUGGAAGGCCUUGGGACAUACGAUCUCAACACAGCGUCGCCCAGUAUUCCUUGGCUACCUUUACGUUCGGAGGCCGAGCGCCCAUACGAGAACUCCCAGCAGGAGGCAUUGCGACCUCCUUCGACUAUGGCUCAGAGCUGGUUUACUAGCAUGUCGACGUCGAAGUAUCCCCUUCAGCCGUGGGCGACCCCAACCACCUCAGACGCAGCCGGGGAUGAGAUUUCUCGAGAUGCGCUUGCCGACUCACUGCAACAGCGUGUACCGGACACAACGCUACCGCCAACUCAAUUUCUCAAUCGAUGUCUCCACAUGUUCACCACACGGCUCUGGCCAUUGAUACCGAUUGUGCAUUUGCCGACUUUUGAGCCUGCUCGCACGAAUCCGUUACUAUUACUGUCAGUCUGCUCGCUCGGUGCCCUUGCAAUAGGGUCGGAAGAAGCCUUGUACCAUGGAGAACGACUGUUCGACGGAGUCCAGAAAGCAAUACUAGUCUCCUUCGCUCCCAACAGGAUUGCAGAUGAACAUUCCUUGGCGAUUCUACAAGCUGCGAUGAUUGGACAAACAUACGCUAUACUGUCUGGCUCCGCCCCUAAUCUGCUCACUGCCCAGUGUUUCCACGGAACGAUGGGAGUCGCAGUCCGCACUUUCUAUGAUCAAUGGGCCAGCCCCAAAGACUCCUCUGCGAUCUUAGACGAUCAGCCAUCUGCAGCUGAUUGGGAGCCAUGGAUUCGUGAACAAACCGCGAUACGCCUUCUCAAUUCCAUUUUCGUGCAUAACGGUGAAGUUUUCGCAACGGUUCACCAGCCCGCACUUCUACGGGCUCAUCCGUUUCAGGUUCGACUCGCUGCAGAUGACAAACUUUUUCUGGCCAAGACCGCUGAUGAAUGGGUAUCAUUACGGGCUCGCCACGCGGAGCAUCACCCAGAGCCCCAUUCAUUCUUCUCCAGCUGCGCUUCACUGGAUUGCUUUGUGGCGGAGAUAUAUCACCGGAAGACUGGUCCGUUCAGCAGAACGCAUACCGAAGCUGAUGACGAGAUCCAAUCCUCACUGAUAACGUGGUUCAAUGAAUCAGCACAGCUGAUCAAUUUGGAUGGUGCGAGGAGACUAUCGCUUCUGAUGCUCUGGCACUCAUGCUUCGUACUCCUGUUGUCAGAUCUGGACGUUUUCGAGCGUGUCUGUGGCAGAGAUGGGCCAAACAUCUCGCAGGACGAUACCGCUACUCUGCAAGCAUGGAUCCCGACACCGCAUGCAAAACGAUGCGUCAUUCACGCACUGUUGAUAUACAUUCUUCUCGAGCGUUUCCGUGUCUCCGAAGUCCCUGCCAUCCACGUUGCGAGGGUGUCAUGGCAAGCUGGGCUGGUGCUGGCGAUUUACUCAUUCUUUGCCGGAAGUGAGCAAAGCAUCAACCUUACAGAUACUGUCUCAUCGUGUCGUGCACUAAAGGCCGUUCGAAGGACAUCGCUAUUCACACAAGGCGAUUGGGUCACCGUCGAGCAAUGCGCAACACCGGAACGAUGUAGGACGUCUGCAUUCUCUCUGUCCGCGACUCUCCGACAUCUUGGACCUUGGCAGAAUGGAGCUCGAUAUGCGAAGACUCUUGACCAGAUCCUGCACCUUUUCGAACCUCAUUGA